AUGCUGCUCAGGUUGCAUGGCAGCCGCUAUGUCGAUGCUCUCCCAGACACGGAUCAGCAGCUCGAAAAUGCCAUCGUUAUGGGCGAUCUUGCGUGGGUCAAGGACUGUGUGAAGAAAGGCGCCAACGUGAACUGCCGAUUGGACGAGAAAGGAUUUACUCCACUGAUGUUGGCCAGCGAAGGCGGAUGGGCCAACAUUGUGCGAUAUCUGGUGGAAAACACCGAUGUGGACUUGGAAGCCGUGGACUCUGGAGGUUUCAACGCUGCGGACAUUGCAGCGCUGAACGGAUACCUCAGUUGGGAAGAGAGAGGAAAAAACUCCGAUGUCGCGGACAUAGUGAACUACCUCAAGGAUCGUGGCCUGGAAUAUACCUGGCGUGGGGCAGUGAUUGGAGGGGACCUGGACCGCAUCAAUGAAUUCUUGGAGAACGGCCAAGAUAUUGAAGAGCGCACAGGCUACCUGAUCUACCUGGGAUGUGGAAAGCAUUUCCCAUCCAAUGAUUCAUCUUUUGGAUGAUUUUGCAAUCAAAUACAUGAAAAGUACAUGGUACAUUCGGUACAUUUGAGUCUUUGAUAGCGGAUCAUAGAUUGAUUUCAAUGGCCCAGGUUACUAUUGUGAAGGAAACUUGGCUUUCUGGGCGGGGUGACGGCUUCACGGUGGGGAGAAUGGCCAUGGUACUGUUGGCUUUUUAGAGGAGGGCAAAAGGGCUGACGCUUCUGAUGGGAGAACAUUUGCUACGCCUGUUGGGGUAGCCAACCACUUGCACUCUUUUAUUCCGAAAGACAACGGCGAAGCUGAGUCUCUAAUGCAAUCGAAUUCGAUCAGACUCUUCAGGCGUCUUGAUGCUUUGAAUCUUCAAUUGUUGCUUCUGGAUUUAUUGACUUGGUUAGGAUUAGUCGCUGCACUGCUCCGUUACACAACCAUGGGAGUCCACUUGUGUCCACAACCGCGGGAGCCUCUCAGACCAGCGAUGCAGCACAAUUCUGCCAAGGAAAUUACCAGUACACUGCCUUUCAGAUGGCCAUGAAGUUUGGUCGACAGAACAUUGCGAGAUAUUUGUUGUGUUUGGGUGCAGUGAUUCCGAGAGACAUUUGCGAAACGCAGAUUCCCUUCGAGAGUGAGUUGAAGGGUCUCACCUGAUGGGCCCCUUUGGGGGCUGGGCUCAACCAUGUGGCCCAUCUUCCCAUGAGAUAAAAAGAAGAAAAUUGCUGAAAAUUGCAGAGCAGUCGUUUCAAAAUU